GUGUGCGCACGUCGGGAGUCCUAGCCAUGGCCACGGAGAGAGAGGUAGCCAAGGUGGCCGCCGAGGGGGCCGCGGCCGCUUCGCCGCGGUCGCUGCGCUACCUGGUCAUCACUGGCAUCGGCGGCUACGACAAGGUGAAGCUGAAGAGCCGGCCGGCCACGCCCCCGGCCCCGGGACCCGGCCAACUGACGCUGCGCGUCCGGGCCUGUGGGCUCAACUUCGCGGACCUUAUGGCCCGGCAGGGGCUGUACGACCGGCAGCCGCCCCUGCCCUACACGCCGGGCUUGGAGGGUGCGGGAGUCGUGACCGCAGUGGGCGAGGGAGUCAACGACCGCAAGGUAGGGGACCGGGUGCUGGUCUUGAUCCGAUCGGGCAUGUGGCAGGAGGAGGUGACUGUGCCCUCGACCAAGACCUUCCUGAUGCCUGAGGCCAUGACCUUUGAGGAAGCUGCUGCCUUGCCGGUCAAUUAUAUCACAGCAUACAUGGUCCUGUUUGACUUUGGCAACCUGCGGCCUGGCCACAGCGUUUUGGUACACAUGGCUGCAGGGGGUGUGGGUAUGGCCGCCUUGCAGCUGUGCCGUACAGUGGAGAAUGUGACAGUGUUUGGAACAGCUUCAGCCAGGAAGCACAAGUUGCUGAAGGAGAACGGGCUCACAUACCCCAUUGACUACCACACAACUGACUACGUGGAUGAGAUUAAGAAGAUCUCCCCCAAAGGCGUGGACAUCAUCAUGGACCCUCUUGGUGGGUCAGAUACUGCCAAGGGCUACAACCUCCUUAAACCCAUGGGCAAAACAAUCAUCUAUGGAAUGGCCAACGUGGUGACGGGCACCAAGCGGAACCUGAUGGCCAUGGCACGCACAUGGUGGAAUCAGUUCAGCGUGACAGCUCUGGAGCUGCUACCAGCCAACCGGGCUGUGUGUGGCUUCCACCUGAGCUACCUGGAUGAUGAGGUGGAGCUGAUCAGUGGGGUGGUGGCCCGCCUCCUGGCUCUGUACAAUGAGGGUCACAUCAAACCUCACAUUGACUCUGUGUGGCCCUUUGAGAAGGUGGUGGAUGCCAUGAAGCAGAUACAGGAGAAGAAGAAUGUGGGCAAAGUCAUCCUGGUGCCUGGGCCAGAGAAGGAGAACUAGGACGGGGCUGGGAGAUCUUCCGGACCCGGGAGGAGAGAAGCUGGGAAGUCAUGUUAUGUUGGCCGCCAGACCCUUGCAUU